AUGUUUUCACGUCUAUACACAAAAUCCGAACUCAUAAAACUGACCAAGCAGAUUAUCCCACCACUUCUUCCCUCAUAUUACAAAGGCCAAUGUGGUAAGAUAGCCAUUAUUGGAGGAUGCGAAGAUUAUACAGGUGCACCAUUCUUUUCAGCACAUGCUGCAGCUACUUUGGGCUGUGAUCUCACACAUGUCAUAUGUGAGCGUUCUGCAGCAACUGUUAUCAAGAGUUAUUCACCUGAUUUAAUGGUUCAUCCAUAUCUGAAAGACAGCAAUGCUUUAGAGCAAUAUAUGAUUACAACAGGAAAGAAACUCGACAGGUUGAAUGAGAGGAGUUUCCAGGCUGAAUACGUCAAGGAGAAGGUGAUGCCAAAAGUGAUUACGAUUCUUGACAGGAUUCAGGCUGUUGUUGUUGGUCCUGGAUUUGGUAGAGACCCUGUUAUGCUUCUCACACUGGAAUUCAUACUUGAUGAAAUUAAGGCCCGGCAUCUCCCGGUUAUUCUAGAUGCGGAUGCCUUGUAUCUUGUUUCCCAGAAGCCCAAUGUGAUUAGAGGAUACUCGAAUGCAAUUCUCACGCCUAACAUUGUCGAAUACAGGCGUAUUUGCAAAGCCGUUAACAUUAAAGAUGCCGAUAACACUAAGGAGGUGCAUCUUUUAAGCAAAGCAAUGAAUGUCACCGUUUUGCAAAAGGGAAACAAGGAUCUCAUAGUUUGCGGAGACGACGAAAUUGUCAAUGAUGAGGCUGGAUCGUGUAAAAGAGUUGGAGGUCAAGGUGACUCUUUGACAGGCUUGAUUUCUACAUUUUUGGCCUGGGGAUACUCUGCUUACAAGGACAAAAUCUGGCCCGAGGCUAAAAGGAGCACUCCCCAGUUCACCAAUGAACAAAUAAGAAUGCUCGCAUGCUAUGGAGGGGCACUAUUGACGAAAAAAAGUGCCGGAAAGGCGUUUACUAAGUAUGGAAGGUCGAUGCAAACAUCAGACUUACACAAAUACAUCCUGGAGUCGUACAACGAGGUGUUUGGCAUUUAA